UUAACAACGCGAGAGAACACAAGGUGCAGCUGCGGCAGUUGACAAGCCGGAGACCCGAGCGAGCGGCGGACAGCAUCCAUGGCCUCGCUGCUCUGGGAGUGAAGCAUGGGCUCCGCGGCGUCGCCGUCAUGGCCAGAUCCACCAACAGAAGCACCGAGAACGCCGAUCCGCGUGUAAGCGCCCCCACGGCGCGCGGAGAGGCGCGGGACCUGGCCGAGCCCCGGGAGCUGUCUCUGGAGGAGGUGCUGAAGUCCUACGAGCAGCCCAUCAACGAGGAGCAGGCAUGGGCGGUGUGCUACCAGUGCUGCAGCGGCCUCAGGGUGCCCCGCCCGCCGGCGGGGAGGGUCCGCCGCGUGAAGGACCCGUCCUCCAUCCUCCUGCACCGCGACGGAACCGCGUCCGUACAGCCGGACCCGCGACUCGACGAUGAAGCUGAUGGUCCUCCUCUUCCUCCCAAUGCAGAGCGCCAGCUGGUCCAGUCGCUCGGCGUGGCCAUCUACCGAGCUCUGGACUGGGGGCUGGACGACAGCGAGGAGCGGGAGCUCAGCCCACAGCUGGAGCGCCUCAUCGAGCGAAUGGUCGGCGAGGACCAGGACCGCGAGGGCAGCGGCACCUCGGAGAACGGUGCCACAGACGAGGGCUACAGUGGUCAGGAGGAGGAGGAGGAGGAGGAGGAAGGAGCGACAAGGCCGGUGUGGACGUUCCGCCAGGUGAUGGUGCUGUGUGCGUCGCGCCUGGCCAACCCAGGUCUGGCUCCGGAGCACUACCAGGCCGUCUGCAGGGCUCUGUUCGUUGAGACGCUGGAGCUGCAGACCUUCCUCAUCAAGAUAAGAGAUGCGAAGGAGACGCUAAAAAAGAUUUCAGCUGAAGAAGCCGUGGAGGACCGAUCUACAGCUGAGCUGGAUGCCCUGAAACACAGAGACUGGGCUCGUCUGUGGGUGCAGCUGAUGAAGGAGCUCAGGCAGGGGGUGAAGCUGAAGAAGGUGCAGGAGCAGCCGUUCAACCCUCUGCCCACCGAGUUCAGCCUCACGCCCUUCGAGAUGCUGAUGCAGGACAUCCGGGCUCGAAAAUUCCAGCUACGCAAAGUCAUGGUGGAUGGAGACAUUCCUACCAGAGUGAAGAGGAAUGCCCAUGAACUCAUCCUGGAUUUCAUCCGGUCCAGACCUCCACUUAAACCAGUGUCCGAGCGCAGCCUCCCCCCUCCUCCCCCGCAGCAGCAGUGCCUCCAUGACCGGGUCCUGGCGGAGAUCAAGCAGGAGAGGAAGCUCAGACCUGUAGUUCCUCACGGCACCAGACCGUUUGGCUCUCUUCCCUGUUUGGCCCAGACGUGUCCCUGUAACGUUAAAUCCACGUCAUGCAUGGACCUGUCCCUGUCCGAGCCCCGGCCGCCAUCCCGGCCUCGCGUCCUGCUCAAGGCCCCGACGCUGGCUGAGAUGGAGGAGAUGAACGUAUCCGAGGAGGAGGAGUCUCCUGAAAACAUGGAGCUGAGGAGAGCAGAGAGCUCCCCCACCCCUUUGAAAAGGGAUCGAUCCUUCUCGGAGCAGGACCUGGCCUUGCUCCGCGGGGAAAUGCUUCCAUCCCUGUUGCAAUCAGCCUGUUUGGAGGAGACGGUCAGGCUGCGGGAUGUGAGACCUCGGUCCAGGACGCUGGCUAGUUCUGGGCCGCCUCCUCAUCACCGAGCCUCCUUCCCAGUUCAUGGCUGGGUGCCGCCCUCUCCCGCCCGCCUGUCUCUGAGUUCAGUCGACGAGGCCACGGAGGGACCUGAGACGAUGGCGUUGGGCUCCAGACCUGAAGACAAGCACCAGUGGAUGGAGGAAUUCAGCCACCCGGUGGAGAGUCUCGCCUUAACGGUGGAUGAAGUCAUCAAUGUGCGGCGAGUGCUGGUCAAAGCAGAGAUGGAGAAGUUCCUUCAGAGCAAAGAGCUCUACAACAACCUAAAGAAAGGAAAGGUAGCAGAGCUCCGUCUCUCUGCUGUUUACACCAACGUCUUCAGUAACUCUCAGUCUGUUUUUCAGCUUUGCUGCUGCUGCAGAGUCAAGUUUCCUCUCUUCUCCUGGCCGGCCACAUGCUUACUGUGUAAAAGGUCGGUCUGCGGCUCCUGCAGCGCCAAGAUGAAGAUUCCCUCCAAGAAGAUGGCCCACAUUCCCGUCUACACUGUGGGCUUCCACAGCGCUCCGAAAGGCCACGGACACAGAAGCCAAGUCUAUAAAUCCCUGCGCAGUUUAUCCCGCCGCUCGGUGGAGGAGGAGUUCCCACACCUGUACGCUCAUGGCUGCACGCUGCGUGACAUCUGCUCCGAAUGCACCAAGUUCGUGGCUGAUGUCAUUUCCUCCAGCCGUCGCAGCCUGGACAUCCUCAACAACACCCCCAAGAGAGAGGCCAAAGCUGCUGCUCAGAGACCACAGCUGCAGCGUCAGUCCCACUUCGAGGCUUUCCCUCGACCAAACCCUCCCCCUGCACCUUACCUACAGGCACAGGGCUGCCUGCCUCCCCUCCAGCACCAACGCCUCCACACAUCAUCGCCGUCCUCACCGCAGCAUCACUGCACUGAGAUGAUCAGCAACGCGAACCAGUGAGCAGGUUGAUAGACUCUGUCCCACUCUGACCACACUGUGCACACACUCAGAGGUCUGGUUGCUUUUAAGGGUUCUUGUGGGCUCAUGCACAGCAGCAACAGCUUGCAGAACUUUGACUGGUUUUAACUGAUAUCAAUAAAAUAUAUAUUCCAGUGAGGUGCUUCAAAAUUCUUUAAAUUGUGCUGGGGUGGAGCAUCAAAUGCAUCAUUUAAUGGUAAUGGCGUGCUCUGAUGCAAAAGCAACUGUAGAGCUGCAGGAAACCCUUUUUAAUAAGAACCUGAUGAUUGUAAACCACUCAGCCACAUUUCCUCCCACGUUUUACUGCACACACACCUGCACAGAAUGAGGUUUGAGUAGCAGCUCUCCUUGUAUCUGCCUUAUCUGCUACACCAUGACUUCACUCCCCGACACCCGCAGCUGCUGGGAGGGCAGGCGGAGAGGCAGGCGGAGAGGCAGGCGGCGUGCUGGAGGUGGAUGGCUGUGCAUGAUGUGAGGAAGAAGGUGAGGUGCUUUGGUGGUGGUGAAGCCAUGCAUCAUAGCAUCAGCUAGUUUAGCUCUGCGAGUUUGCCUUGUUUUUGUCAUGAAUGUAACUUAGAAAACGAGCAGAGUUGUAAAAUUAUGGCUUGUACACAGCAAAUGACAUUUAUUUUUAAAAUGGUUGCUUUUUGAAAUGCCUGUAAAGUCCCCGGUCGGGCUGGAAAAGGUGUGACGUGGGAGACACUGAACGUAACGGAGGGGGUGAAGCUGCAGGCUGCAGCAUGGCGACCCCGAUGUGAAGCGAGCUGAUGAAACUCCCACCUCUCACACUCCCCGUGGACGCUUGCAAUCUGCUCUAGUGUUGUAAACACAACAUGAACCUCAGCUGCAAUAAAGUCUGAUAAGAAACACAA